AUGGUUAUUGGUGGAAGCAAUAUUAGUAUACGUUCUGCACAGUGGACAAGUGAUAUGCUGAACACCCCAGUUCUUGAAAUACGUAAUUUGCAGGGAUUCAGAAAGGUUGAUCCUGACCGCUGGGAGUUUGCAAAUGAGGGAUUCUUAAGAGGCCAACGCCACCUGCUUAGAAGUAUUAGUCGGCGAAAACCUGCCAGUGGCCAUAAUCAGCAACCACCACCUCCACCGCCACCCCAGCAGCCGAGUUCAUCAGUGGGGGCGUGUGUUGAGGUAGGGAAAUUUGGGCUUGAGGAAGAGGUUGAGAGGCUAAAAAGGGACAAGAAUGUGCUUAUGCAGGAGCUUGUCAGGUUGAGACAGCAGCAACAGUCUACUGAUAAUCAGUUACAAGUGAUGCUGCAGCGUCUACAAGGAAUGGAGCAGCGGCAACAGCAGAUGAUGUCAUUCCUGGCGAAGGCUGUCAAUAGCCCUGGCUUUUUGGCACAGUUUUUGCAGCAGCAGAAUGAGAGCGGCAGGCGCCUUACCGAAGGAAACAAAAAACGCAGGCUUAAGGAGGAAGAUGUCUCAGAUGAUCAUUCUGUUGGCCCUAUGGAUGGACAGAUUGUUAAGUACCAGCCUUUGAUAAAUGAGGCAGCCAAAGCAAUGCUCAGGCAGAUCAUAAAAACUGAUGCUUCACCUCAGCUGGAAACCUUCAGCAACAGUUCUGAUAGUUUCCUGAUCAGUGACAGUUCAUCAACAUCCAAUGCGUUUGACCAUGGGACUUCUUCAAACCGUAUCUCAGGAGUGACCCUUCAGGAGGUCCCACCACCUUCUGGGCUGUCUUAUAUGGCAGCAGCUUCAAAGGACACAGGUCACAGUUCUUUAGCUUCCAUAUCUCAGAUUCAGUCUUCCUCCCUAGGUGCAAGCUCUGAGAUCAUGGGAACUCCAUAUUCGGACCUCAGCCCGCUGGUUGAAGGGCAAGAAUUGCAUUCUGUUACUCUUCCCCCACCUGACAUAAUUAUGCCUGAGCUCUCUCAAGUACAACAAAUGGUGUCAGAAACCAAUGUUGGUAAUUUGAGACCUGAAUCAGGGAAUACCACUUUCUUGGAUGAGUUGGAUCCAACCUCCUUGGGGGUGAAUGGGAAAAUGCCAUUAGAAAUCGGCAGUUUCUCUCCUGAUACUGAGAUAGAUUGGGACAUUUCUUUGUUGGACGGGAUCCAAGAGCUUCCUAGCAUAAGCGACCCCUUCUGGGAAAAUUUUCUUGCACAGAGUCCGCCUGCGGAGACUGAGGAGAUGGACUCAACUCCACCGGAAGAUCUUACCGAGGGAAAUGAAGCAAAGCCUUUGCAGAAUGGAUGGAACAAUGCUCAGCAUGUGGAUCAUCUUACAGAACAGAUGGGGCUUCUUUCAUCUGAUACCAAAAAUGUCUGAUCUCGUUUUGCCAAAUAUAUGUUUGUGUCUCAUCAUCUUUGGUAAGUCUCGAAAACACUAGUCUGGGUUUCUUGUUUGCUCCUCACUUGAUGCGUAACUCAAGCUUAUCCAUAGAACGAGCUCCUCUAAGCGACUAGCUUAUUACUUGUCUUUGGUCAUCUUAUGCUGACCAAUAAGAGAGCAGCUAUAGCUUUUUGUACAAUACCUUUUUGUAUUAUUUUAUCUUGGCUUUGUUUUGCACAUAUGGAGGGGACUCGUUUUUUAGUUUAGUUUCUUAUUUAUGGCCAAUAUUGUAUUGUACCGUGAGACUAGUGGAUUGAUGGUUAGACACAUGCUCAACAAUAGCCAGGAAAAUGGGCUUGCUUCUAAGCCUUUAAAAAGAGAAAAUGGAAUAGUGAUUUAAAAGAAGUCAUGGCAGUGUGGCAGCUUACUGUAAGACCUAAUUGAACUAAACAGCCAAAUAUGGGAGCUAGAUGUCACCAAGAAAAGCUCACGUGCCCUGAAUUUGUUAGCCAUGCAUGUCAUCUGGGUCCAGUGGUGUUUCUCCAUGCAGUUGUGUGUGUGUGUGUGUGA